UCUCCUUCCAUCACAACACACAUAACUAUGUCCAACUUUCGGUUUUUAACGAUCAUCUUUCUCUUGGCCACACCCUUAGCAAUCAUCUCAGCUCAAGAUUGUGGGAUACAAGCCGGCAACGCACCAUGCUCAAACGGAAACUGUUGUAGCCAAUACGGUUUCUGUGGAAACACCCCCGAACACUGCUCGCCUGCCAAUAACUGUCAGAGUCAGUGUACCGGGGGUGUAACACCACCUACCAUUGGUGGUGUCGGUUCCAUUAUUACUGGAUCCGUAUUUGAUCAAAUGCUCAAGUAUCGAAACGACCCAAGAUGUCGUGGCAACGGAUUUUAUACUUACAAUGCUUUUAUAAAUGCUGCAAAUGCAUUUAAUGGAUUUGGCACAACAGGAAAUGAUGAAGUCCGAAAAAGAGAACUCGCCGCUUUCUUUGCUCAAACCUCCCAUGAAACAACAGGUGGAGGUGGUUGGCCAAGUGCACCCGAUGGUCCAUUUGCAUGGGGGUAUUGCUUUGUAAGAGAAGAAAAUCCAACGAGUAGCUACUGUGACUCCAAUGAAUGGCCUUGUCCUCAACAAUAUUUCGGUAGAGGACCUAUCCAACUCUCUCACAACUACAACUACGGGUUAUUUGGACGUUCAGUUGGAAUGGAUUUGAUCAACAACCCCGAUCUCUUAGCCACAAACCCAACCUUAUCAUUUCAGUCAGCGAUAUGGUACUGGAUGACUCCACAGGCUGAUAAGCCAUCGAGCCAUGAUGUGAUCACAGGAAGAUGGACCCCUUCAGCUGCAGAUAGGUCAGCGGGUCGGGUUUCGGGUUAUGGUGUCAUCACAAAUAUCAUUAAUGGUGGUUUGGAAUGUGGGCAAGGUACGAACGACAAGGUGGAAGAUAGGAUUGGGUUUUAUAGAAGGUAUUGUAGCAUUUUAGGUGUUAGUCCUGGGGACAAUCUUGAUUGCUAUAAUCAAAGGCCUUUUGGACAGUGAUAUGUCGUUAUUGGAUAUCUUGUAACUCGGAAUAAAGAACAUGAAAGUGUUAUUUAAAUCGUCAUUUGAAUAAUCUGAAUAAUAUGGUU